GCUACACACACUUUAAAAAAAUCCAAAUUUUUCAAAGUAAAGUGUUAAGAAUUAUUACAAAUGCUCCGUGGUUCAUUCGUAAUGAUAAUAUACAUAAAGACCUCCAAAUUGUUAAAACUGCAGACUUCAUACGCACUUUAUCAAGAAAUUCCCAUAACUCAUAACUCAUUACUCAACUCAACAGGUUCGCUUCACUACAAUCUUCAUCAUCAUAAUUCAUGGCAUAAGUCCGCCAGCACAAGGUGUGGUGUGUGAGAGGCCGCUCUGGAUUUUCAAUCGUGUUUCCAAUGACUGCCUCGCGUAAGUCCGUCAGCACCCGGUGUGGUGUGUGAGAGACCGCCAGGGCCACCCUGUUCAUCUUCACCACCUUCAACACGCAUCGUACUCAUCUUAGUUUUUAAUUUAUUAUAAGUCCCCCUUCUAGUUGUAAGCCCUGCUGCGUCAUUGCACCAGACCCGACCAGACCACAGGCCCCCCCCCGCUACCAUAGAUAACCUGUACCAUCCUGUCUCCCGUGUAACUUGGUUCCUGUCCCUUUGUCGUGUAACCGUUGGUCCAGGCGGCCGCCGUCAUCGUCGUCUAUUAAUUAUAAAUUGUCGAGUAGUGAUUUGAGUUGGCUAUUCACAUCGUUGUUAGGGGGGCAUCGGUAGUACGUGAGAGGAGUUGCCUACCCAGUUGAAUCGCGAGCGCUGGCCACCUCCGUUUGUGGCAGUUGGUCCCGUUCGGCAUCAACUCCAGCUACGUAGUACCUCACCGUACACAUAUAUUAUAAAGAAUGUUGAGUUCGUUAGACGACUCUGUUGGAAAAAUAAUCGAAUCACUACACGAAAAUGAAAUGCUAAAAGAUUCUAUUGUAGUAUUUAUGUCCGACAACGGUGCACCGACUGACGAUCCGCUAUGGGGUCAUGAUAACUUUGGAUCAAAUUGGCCUUUGAGAGGAAAAAAAGGUUCAGUACAUGAAGGAGGAGUUCGUGGAGUGGCUGCAAUAUGGAGUCCAUGGUUGAGAGAAAAAUACAUUGUUUCUAAUAACUUAUUCCAUAUUACUGAUUGGUUACCUACUUUAUAUACAGCAGCAGGUGUUUAAAUUUAACUAUUUUUAUCGACUAUUUUACCAUGCAAAUAAUCAUAUAAAAUUUAGCCGUUUAAGAUUGAUUUUAACCAUUAUGCUCAUUAAAUAACUCGAUGUCAUGACUCAUGGAUUGUUGUA